CCUCGCUGAUCAUGGCAAUGCUCCGGCUGUCUUCGUACCGCAGGCUGUUCGAGGAACAGAACUGGAGUCGAAAUGGAUCAUUCAGGAUGUCGGGUGCUGUGCCCUAUUCCACCACAGUGAGGUCCAGGGCUGGAGCUGUGGAUGACUGCGACUGUGACAAAUUGGACUUUGAAAGUGCAAAGGUUCUCAAUAAGGAGGGCCUGAGUCAGUUUGUCCAAGACCGCACCGUCAUUGCUGCCCUGAAUGACCGCCUGGUCCGACUUAUUGAGCUGGCGCGGUGUAUUGAGGAGGAGAAUGAAGCUCUUGAAUGCCAGAUCGAUGAUCUCAAAGGACGGGUGGAGUGUCAGAAAGUGUCUGGUGUUGUGGCUGCGUCAGGUUACAGUCUGGAUGCAGUGGUGGAGCGGCUUCGACGGGACAGGGAUGAGAUUCUUUGUGUGACUGAGAAAUCGUUGAAACAAUUAGGUGAUCUAAAGGUGGAGCAUGAGAAGGCUGUCCAGAAACGGAUGAUUGUCCAGCUGCAGCACCAGGACAUUGCUGAGGAAGUGGAUGUCGUGACAGCUGAGUGUUUGGCACUGAGGGAGCAGGCUCACAUCUAUGAGCAGCAGCUGGCAAAUAUGGAGGCUCAGCACAAGAUGGAGGUGGAAAAUCUCCUGACUGACGGCGCAGCAACAGCGAUGAGAGCCAUGAAAUUCAGCAGCCCAGAUCUGUCUUCAGCCUUGGAUGUAAAGGCACACUACUGCCAGCUAGUGGAUGAACUCCAGUGUGAGUGCGGCUCUUCCUUCACCACCUUGGCUGCGACUGGUGAUGGAACACAGGCUUCAGUGGGAGAAGCUGUGAGGUGGACAGGCAAAGACAUGUCCAAGAGGGAGGAUGAUGCUGAAAUAAAGCUGCUCAUGGCAGAGCGGCAGAAGGAGCUGGCUGAGCUGGAGAAGUGCAGUGAGGAGCUGGAGGAUGAAAUUGAGAUGAGGAAGGGGACGUACGCCGAGGAGAUUGCAGAGUUGGAGUGUCGUGUGGCUGAAAUGAAGCGUCAGGAGACGGAGCUGGACGUGCAAAUGAAGGAGCAGUGUGAGGACUAUGAUGAGCUGAUGAUGGAGAAGAUGGCCAGAGACAUGGAGAUCGCUGCCUACAGACGGUGUUUCUGAAGAUAUUCCUCUGAACAAAGGGAUGAUGACAUCAUCAGGAAGUGACCGUGAAAACUCCGCCGAGGUGCUCCCACCAUCUGGUGCGUUCGCUGACAUACUUCAGUCGCUGCCCUGAUCUUCCUCUGCAGUCCUGAGCUCGGAGCCUCAUUAGAAUGGGUGAAGGAAGACCUCAUGCUGUUUGGACCGUGCGCUGGACCCGGGCCAGCUCUUCUCCACGCCGGCCUGUUAAUGUCAGCUCGCCCCCCCCGUCAACCUUUACACCCAUUUCCAGAUUCGCCACAGUUUUAUGCCCCUCACAACAACAAAAACAGUCCCACAGACGUUGGAGACGCAGACGCCAGAUUCACCUCCUUUCCCUUUCUUUAGUUCCUAGAGUUUCAUCAUCCGUGAUUAAGACCAUGAAUUAGAAAUGAAAAUGGCGGUUGUUUGUUCCCUCUGGUGUUGUGGCAAACAGUCUGCACAACUGAUGCCCCCAGGCGACAAUUACUGUGAGGCUGGUCGCCUGUGAAGGCAUCUCUGGCUCGUACGGACAGAUGCUCCCACGUUCCCUCCGACGCCUUAUCCUCACUUCACUUCUUCUGUCCAGACAUGGCAACAAGUAGCACAAGUAAACACUCACAUAUUGGCUCAGACGGAGGAGGCUGGCGUUCCAGCAUUGCAGUGGAGCGUGUGCUAAGUGUGAGCCUUAGAUUCUGAUGUA